GUGAAUGAAUUCUUUGACAUUUUAGAAGUAGAGUUCGUUUUCUGAUACGAAAAUAUCAAUAAUGAUCAAUAUCUCAAACAAAACAAAAUUUGCGAUAAUAUUUUAACAAUAUUUCGCUUCUUUUUCUUAUAAAUCAUUGAGAAUGUGUGAUGUUUGCUCGGAGUUUUCUCAGCUUUUAGUAAAUUGUGAAACACGGUUAACCGAUGAUGUGUCCCAAUAUCCAUCAAUAAGCCAAACGGAGCUAGAUACAGUAUUAAAUUACAUACUAUCCUGGCCUCAAAGGCAAUGUAUGUGUUGUUAUCGUGAUGUAAAAAACUUUGAGAGAUUUUACUUAGUAGUUCAAAGUAUUAUUUGCCUCUCUGUAUAUCAAUUAAAAGUACUUAAAGAUGAAUUGGUUGUUGCUGCCAACACCCCACCGACCGUUGAUAGUAAUGAGAAAGCAAAAGAUGACGAAAGCAACAAGACCGAUGGUGAUGAUAAAGAGGAGGCUGAAGAAAAUUGUCUAAAAGAAGAAAAUACAACACCCUCUGAAUGUACUGACCAAAACAAAGAAGAAUCGUCAAACCCUGAAAACUCUUCAUCUAGUAUAGAGACUGAAACUUGGUCAUUGCAACAAAGAGAAAAGCUUCUUCAUAUCAUAUCAAAAGUGUUCUUACACAAUUUUCCAUUGUACUUAGCUUGCAAACACUCUGCAUUGAGUCGACUUGAUGAUCUCUCAGCCCAAGAAAUAACAAAUCUUAGUUCUUAUUGUGAUCUUCAUGAUACAGAAAUACCACCUUAUCUCUUAAGAAAUGUAAAUCUGUUCUGUAAACUGGGUGGAGUUUUUGCAAUGACCGCAGUUUUUGAAAAUGCCACACCAAAAACAUUACCACUGUCUAUGGCUCAUGCAAUUGUUGCUGCAGUUGGGAAUUUGAAGCUAUGGUUAAACUUUAGAGCUGUCGGACAACAAUUUAUGCCAUUAAGAAAUAGAAUAAUGAAAUAUAUGUGUAGUUUAGAAGACAAGGACCUGCGAUUGCCAGCUGUCAAGUCUAUGGCAGAUUUCAUGUGGGGUGCAGCAAAAGAGCCAAUAGACUCACCAUCACUAAUUGAUCUGGACGGAUUGGCCCUAGCUUUCAAGUACUUUAACAGUAGUACAUUGACUAUGAGGUUGGCUGGUAUAGCUCAGAUUAAUGCACACAUUGCAGCUCAUAAUGAACUAUGUGCUGGAGACUCUGCUGCUGAUGCUGAGACCUCUGGACAGCAGCUUGCUACUUGGUUGUCCUUCCAUGAUAUAAUUGAACAUCUAUUCGGCCCUAAUUUACAUGUUGAGGUAAUAAAACAAUCUCACAUGAUCCUAAAGUUCUUAGCCGUGGAAGGCCGGAUCACCUCAGAGCAUGUUGAGCUUGUAUGGGCAGCGACUCAACUCAAACAUUGUGGACGCCAAGUCUAUGAUCUCUUACCUGGAUUUAUUAGAGCAUUAUCUCCAAAGCCUUGCUCCCAUCUAUACAGCUUACUAUGCGCAUUGCCUCCAAAGGAGCAUACAGAACAGAGUCUUUACUUAGCGUCAGCAUUGAUGCGGGCUAUGUGGUCACGCGGGCGUGCCGGUGUGUCUGUGAGCAGUCCUGUGGGUGAACCAGCUCGUCUGCCUCCACCGGCUUGUAAGCCACAUCGCUCUUCGUCAGAAGCCAGCGUUAGCAUGGAUCAAACUAAUUCUGAUGAUGACCCGUGUGAAGAGUUGAGCACUUCAGGUGAAGAAGCGGGCCCCACUCCUAGGAAACAAAGCAAACACCAUCGGGAGUUAACAGCUGAACAAGAAUGGCUUAGGGAAGGCGAAGAACUCGCCAAGAAAGAAUGUACAGCGCUGAAAUCAUGUCAAAAACGCAAUAAGCGCGCAGGCAGUAGUGGUAGCGCGAGCAGCGGCGCUGAAGAGUUGCUGCGCCCGCGCAAGAAGAAACUCUACAAGAAACGACAUAAGCCCGGAAAGACCCGUCAUUUCCCUGCGCAGAUAAAAGGUGCGGAACUGGCGGAGUCUGUGUCUGACGUAGAAGAAGAGUCGAGUGGAAGUGACACUGCGCAUUGUCAGCUCAUCUGUGACACUGUGGACGCCAGGAGACUGAUGGAACUACGUCUGAUGGAAAGCUACAAACGCUCUGAGGAGGAAGGCAGUGCCUCUUCUGCCGUGUCUCCGCAUUCCCAUCGCUUGCCCGACCUGGACGAAGACGAUUCCGCAUGUGAGGAGGAAUUGGCGAGACUCGCCGCACAGGCUCAGUGUAUGCCAGAGUAUCAAGUGAGUGGGCUGGUAGCGGGUGCUCUGGGAAUGGGGGGCGUAGUCUCCGGUGGGGCGCUGCCCUUCAGCGUGGAUGACGUGUGUCGUCCGGGGAAUACGCUUCUAUGGGACUUACUUCAAGACGGCGCUAUCGAACAACUAGGCGAAGGCCUGGCUUUGGAGGCUGAGAAGGCCCUUUGUGCCCUGUUGUGCUUCAGCACUGAUAAAUUUAUUAGGAUCAAGUUUAUAGAAGGUUGUCUCGACAAUCUAGCAAAUCAUAGAUCCGUGGCUGUCUCACUACGUUUACUACCAAAGUUGUUUUCGUCAUUUCAACAACUACGCGGCCUGGAUAUGCAUCAGGUGGUGAUGUGGGCGGAACGCGAGCGUGGUAUGAUGCGCCUAUUCCUUGAGGACCUCCGUCACUACGUCAAGCAAAGAGCGAAUGCGUCCCAACCGACGUCCGAAGCCCAACAUUACGCGCACAUCACUGAGUUAACAGUGCGUUUGCACUUUUUGACCGCUAUAUUCUCACCCGUUGGAUCGCCGCACAACUUCCAGUUAACAGUAGAUCAAGUGGAAGAAUUGUGGCAAUGCCUGGUGGUUGAAGGUACGAGUGAGUGUGCCGACUGCCUCUACUCUUGGUUGUUGUCGCACUCAAAGUCACCGGAUCAACAUGCUUUGGGACUGGAUGCUCUGCGGUUUUUGUACGUUGAGAAGAUGCCCACGUUGGAUCCUGAGACAAUAAGCAUAAUGGGUCUUAGCCUGUACCAGCAGUUAUGUAACCUGGCACGAAUGGCUUUGGGGGCUGGAGACGCUCAUCCGCAUCACCCCCACCAUCCUCACACGCUGGCCAUGGACCACUUGUGGAAGAUCGCGCUCAGAGCAAAUAGUACAGACGUGUCAAUGGGGGCUAUUCAGUAUUUAAACAGUUACUACAUGGGACAGCAGUUGCAGCAAGAAGAUGAUUUUGUGUCGAAAUGCAUGUUCCACCUGUCAUCGGCGGCCGAGAGACUCAUAUCCAAGAGCCAAGAUGGCGAAGGAACCUCUAACCAGGAUGACAAAUGCGAAAAAGAGGAGAAAGUCACAGACAAACAAAAUAUAUAUGAACAUAUGACGGAAGAGGCAGCGUUGCAAUGCAUACAGAGGGCGCUGCUUUUGCUGAAAACUCAUUUGGAUACGUUUAAGAGAAGAUACGCGUACCACUUACGGCGUUGGGCGUUAGCGGAGACGGGUGCGUGGGAAGGGGGCGGAACGGGCGCAGGCAGCGUACGCGUCACUUUGCAGCCGGCAGGAGCUGGGCCUAGGGCCGUACUCACCCUGCACCAUUCAGAUCUAGUAGCCCACCUCAGAGCACACGUUCAUGUCUGGUGGGAGAAACAGAUUCAAGGAGAAGAUGCUGUAACCGCCUUGUCAAGUGAUGGUCCAUUGCGCAUGAUUACACAAGGACAAGAGCUGACCAUAGAUUAUGAUGAACGUACUUUGUAUGAUAUGGGAUUCAAAGACAAUCAGCUAGUUUUCGUAUCUGUGGGCGUGGGCAGUCGCGGGGCAUGGGCGGAGUGGCCUUCCGCCCAACCGGCACCGGCGCGUGCGCGGCUUCCCACACACCUAUUGCUGGAUCCUACUUACUUUCACCAGCUCUUCACGCUGAUGCAGGCGCUGGGACAGAUGAAGGAACCGGCUACUAAUGGGGAACUAAUGGCUCAUACAAAAGCCCAAUUGCUGUCUCGUCGGGUCUGGGAUAUUCUCCAAGCGGUGCCUCUCAAUCCCACUCUGUUGGAAGCGUUUCAGAAUCCCACUGAAAACAAGUUGCCAGAAUUACUGGACCCGACAAGUCCCCAGAAACUUAUGUACUCCCUCCAUAUUAUUGACAAAUUGAGUUCAAACAAUGGCAGUCCAAAUGUGAAGGAAACAUCUGGGAUUAAUGCUGAGAAAACUGAUGAGAAGACUGCGGACAAUUGGAACGAAGUAUUUAUUAAGAAGGGUGGUUUGAGACUGCUGUAUGAUAUUAUGAUGACUGGUGUUCUUCAACGUAACGAUGACAGCGAAUGGAGACAGGAUUGUUUGGCGCUGUUGUUACAACUACUGUGCCGUAUCGGGACAUUACCGUGUUCGGAGGCGGGACAAACGCCUAAACUUCAUCCAGCAUUACUUGCAUUAAUGAGCGUCGAAGAAACUACAGAUCGACUGAUAUCAAUUCUCUGUGAGGCAGCCACUGCUAAAGAACCUAUCACUUAUAAGACUGGAUUUUGGGGACGGGCUCAGGUGGUACAACACGCGAUGCGCAUGUGCGUGGUUUGGGCGCGGGGCGGCGGCGAAGCAGCAGCUCUCGCUUGGGCUUUGAGGAAAGCCGCACCCAGGCUCUUACUUGACGAUGCGGAUCCAGCCGUGCGACGCGAAGCGGGCAGCGCACUGUACAGGCUAUGCGCAGGAGGCGAAGUCGCAGUACUGGCUCCACUGCUGCAAUUGCUACUCCAGCACCUGCCGCGAGCUGCUGACAUGAGACCUCAUCAUCAACCCCAUCAUCAUCAUCACGAGGUUGUCCACCAUCACGCGGAAGAGGGUAAAGAACCGUAUGGACCGGCCUGUCGGGAUUACUUUUGGCUUGUUUGUCGCUUAAUAGAUGGUCUGCCCGAAGAUUUCUUCAAAGAAGGUGCCCUAUCAGAAGAGACUGGUGCUCCCGAUCUGAACGAGCUUUGUGAACAGAUCAGCUGCUCUUUGGAGAAAAGAGAACUAAUAGAGAAGAGAUCGGAGCCUUGCACCCCGGAUGACGGGUUGUACGGCCAAUUGAGUCUACUCACGCAUCUCUUGAAACAUCCUCUCACAUUUAAAACCUCUGAACAGGGUACUAGCACACUAGAAAUGAUAUUUGGGUUUUUAUUCGACGUUCCAAACCCAACUCAACGAAAUUUGCCUAAAUGCAAGUCCCAAAAAUCGCGUGCGGCGGCCUAUGACCUGCUGGUCGAAUUAGUACGAGGUGCUCCUGAUAACUAUAUGGUGCUGUAUCAGAAACUCAUGGAUCACCACAAACCUGGCCCUUCGUCAUCCUACCCGUGGGACUACUGGCCGGCUGAAGAGUCCCGCUCGGAGUGUGGCUACGUGGGCUUAACAAACCUCGGUGCCACUUGCUACAUGGCAUCUUGUAUGCAGCACUUGUUUAUGAUGCCGCAUGCCCGUGCCGCCAUUUUGGGGGCGGAUCCCGCGAACAGCCGUCAUGCGAGUACGUUGCACGAGAUGCAGCGGAUGUUCGCUUAUCUUAUGGAAAGCGAGCGAAAAGCAUACAAUCCGAGAAGUUUUUGCAAAGUUUAUCAAAUGGAUCAUCAGCCUCUGAACACGGGUGAACAGAAAGAUAUGGCUGAAUUCUUUAUUGACCUUGUAUCGAAACUUGAAGAAAUGACCCCAGAGCUUAAGAAACUCGUCAAGACUUUAUUCUGUGGAGUACUCAGUAAUAAUGUUGUGUCUUUGGACUGUCCCCAUGUAUCCCGAACAUUGGAAGAGUUCUACACAGUGCGAUGUCAGGUAGCAGAUAUGCGAAAUUUACAUCAAAGUCUGGACGAAGUCACGGUCAAAGAUACUCUGGAAGGGGACAACUGUUAUACGUGCUCGCAUUGUUCGAACAAAGUUCGUGCCGAAAAGCGAGCGUGCUUCAAAAAACUGCCGCGUAUAUUGUGUUUUAACACGAUGCGGUAUACGUUCAAUAUGCUCACGAUGUUGAAGGAGAAAGUAAACACGCAUUUCUCAUUCCCAAUGAGAUUGGAUAUGUCUGGCUACGUAGAGAAACAUUUGAUGCCAGCGCAAUACCAGGAAGAGAAAAGAAAAUCGGCUGAACUAAGAAAAGAUGGCGAAAGCAGCCCUGUAACAGAUAGCGAUGACAGUUUUGAAGAAGAACAUUAUGAAUACGAAUUGAUCGGUGUAACGGUCCACACGGGUACAGCAGAUGGCGGCCAUUAUUACUCAUUCAUACGCGAUCGCGAACGAACGCACGAUCGUUGGCUGUUAUUCAACGAUGCGGAAGUCAAACCUUUCGACCCCGCCCAUAUAGCGGCGGAAUGCUUCGGAGGGGAAAUGACGAGCAAAACAUAUGACUCCGUUACGGAUAAAUUUAUGGAUUUCUCAUUUGAAAAGACGAAUAGCGCCUAUAUGUUGUUCUACGAAUUGAGUCCGCCGCGGAAUCAGCGCGGAUCCGAUUCCGGGCAGCAGGAAGAAGCACAGUCAUCGACCGCAGAAGAAAGUCCCACCUCAACCAUGGAACGGCGGAACAGUGACGCAGCCCCGGAAAUCCACCUUCCUCCGGAAUUGCUGAACUGGAUAUGGGAUGACAACAUGCAGUUUCUACAUGACAAAAACAUAUUCCAACAUUCAUAUUUCACGUUUAUGGGCCAGAUGUGUAGUUCCGUGCCCCAAUCGCUGCUCACACUGAGACCGGAGAUCACCGAAGUGGCUGCGCGAUUGUCCACUUCAUUCUUCAUUGAAACAUUCAUACAUGCUAAGGAAAAGCCAACGAUGGUGUCAUGGGUGGAACUAGUCACAAAACAAUUCAACGCGUCAUCAGCUGCGUCUGAAUGGUUCUUAGGCCACAUGGCGGACGAUACAUGGUGGCCAAUGCAGGUGUUAAUAAAAUGUCCAAAUCAAAUGGUCCGGCAAAUGUUCCAGAGACUAUGUAUGCACGUCAUACAACGCUUAAGGUCUAGUCAUAGUUCUUUAUACCUCCAAGGUAUGGAAGAGGACGACGAUAGCAGUAAAUUGGGUGAAGCCAGCUGUGUUACUAGGUUUAUAAGAAUGCUGUUAUCUUUGAUGGAGUCAGGAGCACGAUCGCACCUUCGCCACCUGACGGAGUACUUCAGCCUUUUGUAUGAGUUUAGUAAAAUGGGCGAAGAAGAGGGCCGGUUCAUGUUGAAGGUCAACGCCAUAUCCAGUAUGGUCAACUUCUAUCUUGGACAGAAUUCCAAUUCGGUGGAAUCGCCAACCGAAGAAGCCGGUAGCAGCGGUAGUGGGAGUGGCAACAACGAGUCAGUGGGUACUGGGGACAAGUUACGUCCUGGGGCUUUGGACAAGAUGGUGGCGCUGGUCGCCGGGUUAGUGGAACGCUCCAGGGAUACCACAGGGCAUGUGGCACUUGCCGAUUCGGAUGCCAAGGCUCUACUUCACGCUAAGGGCUUUCCAUUUCUCUACCAACAAACCAGAGACUGCCUAAAUUUGCAACAGACGCGUUCACUCAUUUUCGCUCUGUGCCGAUGGAACGAACCGCUUGCGCAGAAAAUUGUUAACAUGAUAUUCCAAGCUAUUGCUAAACACUCGGAAACCUGCGGGCCUUUUUUUAAGCUGAUAACCCUUCUGGUGGAGGGGAGCGGGGGUGGGGGGGCCGGUGCUGCGACAGGUGCCGGGGGACUGCCCUGUUUCACGCAUCUGGUACUGGCACGCCUGUGGGACCUUUCAGAUGCAUGCCCGCAUGCGGCGUUGGAGUGGUUGGCCAUGCAGGUCCCUCGUAACAAAGUAGCGCACGCAUGGGCGUUACGUACCGCGGACAGGUGGGUGGAGCCCCAACUGUUGGCGGCGGGCGCGGCUCGUGUUCGCGCCGCGGCAGCUUUGUUGCUCGUCGCUUUGGUCCCUUCGCAGCAUUUUAGGGCUGGAUAUGCCAGGUCAAGACCACACCCGCAUCAUCCUGCAAAACUGCCUGAUACUGCGCAUCAUACGUUGCAUCAGGUAUACACAAUGCUACUGGGAAAGCUAAAAGCAGCCCGCAAGUACAUAGAUAUAACUGUGCAUGGCUCCAUUAAGCUCACUGCAUACUUCGGAGUCAUGACUCACUGCGUCGUUAGCCGAGUCGAGAAACUUAUGUUCGGUCAAUAUUUCCUGGAUCUAUGGGAUCUUUAUCACCCGGGAAUUUCGGAGCCAUCCGUAGCUGUUCACCCUAACAAGCAGGCCUUGAUAACAUUCUGGCAUACUGUCUGCGUCGACUGCCCUGAGAAUAUACAACUUAUAGUCUCCAAUCCGAGGGUCAUCAAACACAUCGCCUUCAAUUAUAUAUUAGCGGACCACGAAGACGGUGAAGUAGUGGCGUACAAUCGGACAAUGUUACCGCCCUAUUACGCCCUACUGCGAUUGUGCUGCCGAAGAUCUUCGGCCUUCGCACGUACGUUAGCACAGCAUCAGAACAUACACUGGGCGUUUAGGAAUAUCGCGCCACAUUCGCAUCUUUACCCAGCAGCUGCAGAUGAGUUACUCAGACUAGCCCGAAUCCUGGCAGCUCGAGGUGGCAACACCAGUAGCAGCAGUAGCAGCAACAGCAACGCAACGAACGGCAGUGAAAUUGAUGAACGAGAAGCCGCCUCCUUCAGGCGGAGUACGCUGGCUGCAUAUUUACAGGUUUUUAACAUGAUAGGACUAAAUGGACGUACGUCGUGGACGACUUUAAUAUCCGCGUUCCGUACACUCGUCGAAAACGAAGACGACCGUCUGUACGUGGUCUACAAUGGAGGCUUACAGAUGACGUUUGAAGCACUGCACAGUUUACAUGCGGUAUACGUAGAGGGCGGGGCCGGGGCGGGAACGUCCGUUGGGGAAAGCGUUCGCGGGGAAUUGACGGCUGCAUUGAGGUGGGUGCGUGCGCUUUGUCGCACGUUGCGCACGCGCCGUGAACCAAAGGAAGCGAGAGCAUUGCUCCUCGCCUGCAAGGAUUGGCCUGAGUGUGCAAGACGAUUGCUUACCCUACUAAACUUGCAUCAGCGGUCUGCGUUGCUGCCUCGGGCUGCGCUUGGUGUUCUCCGCGAGCUGGUGAUGAUAGGUGGUGGGGCGGCUCUAGGCGCUUUGGUCCCAUUGGCGGCAGAUGCGCACGCAGCGGCACGAACGCCCGCGCGUCCACGUGCACGAACACGCUCGCAUACGCACGCACCGCCUCCACUCUAUAGACCGUACCAUAAAUUCAUAGAAACCUGUUGUCGUGUGGCUCGCAACCAACGUUGUAUGUCAGAGCAACUUGUGCUGUUAUCCGCUCUUUGUGCUUUGGAAGCUGUACCUCUAAGGUUCAACUAUUUUGCCGCCUUUUGGAGGGAUAUCGCCAACACACCGGCGGAUGCAAAACUCGAAGAAAUGCUACUCGAGUGCAGCGUGUUAUCGGAAUACAUCGAUGCCAUCCUUCUAGACGAGCGGGAAUCUUUAGAGGAUCCAGUUAUUUACGAGUUUAUGCAGCAUUAUUAUCCCAAGGUAUGCGGCUCAAAUAGCGGCAGUAGCGACAGUGGAGUAAUAGAGGCGCUGGCGGAGGAAGUGAGCGGGUGUGGGCGGGCCUUAGGGCGUGUUCGAGCCUUGUUGCUACUCUCCGCUGGUCCGCUGCCACCCGCUACUGCAUCUAUUUUGCAACGCGCGUUAGCCGCCUUGAGACUACGUGCGCUUGAUGCUUCAGAAGAAGAGGCUGUCGAAAGCGAACCACCGACCGAGCCGAUGAGCGAAGUCAGUCGAUGCCAAUCACCCGAAGGUAGCGAUGCCGAGGAGACACUGGAGGACCUUCCCCCAGACUCGGACGAAUCCGUCGAAGAAGACGCGCCUGCCCCGAUUCAGCCUGCAGAUUACAGCGCGCAAUUAAACGAAGCAAUAGAGGCGCUGGCGGAUCGUGUUAGGCACCUGUUGCCCGAAUGAGUGUCGCUCACCCCGUGGCGUCUUACGUCACGAACAUUGAACAUGUUUAACGUGUAGUACACGUAUGUAUGUACGUAUACGCGUAUACGCGAAAUUUGUUGUCGAAUUUUAAUCGGAUUUACAUGCUCAAAUUGGAAUUAAUGUACCCCGAGUCUGGAAUUUUGGUCGCAAAGUCGAUGAAUGAAUUCGUUAUUUGUCUAUGGUUAAUACGAACAUAUUUAAAUUAAAUUUUUGUAAACGGCAAUUUUUAACAUAACUCAAAGAUUAGAAUGCUUUACAGACUGUUUAAUUUAUAUUUUCGUGUUUUGAUAACGAAUCGGUCGUGUAUGGUAUUGGGAGGUUUUAAGGAUCUAUGAAUAAAUUUUAACAUAGCAUAUAAGGUCAUUACAUUUAUUCAAAUGUCGUUGAAGAAUUUCAUCGAUUGGUCAUUGCCAAUAGCAGAUUCGGGGCCAUACAGUUUUUGUAUCCUUUAUUUAUAGGCAUUUGUCUUUGAAUUCUUGAUGCUAACUUUUAUUUUAUCUUAUACAAUUUAUGAGGGGAAUUGUAUUCUGUUGUAGAUGUAUGUGUAAUUGUUGUUGUUUACUUGUUUUAUAAAUUUGUACAUAAUUGCGAAAUUGGUGUAGAGCAUGUAUUAUACAUUCCACGUCCGACAUCACAAAAGUCUCGUCAUUUCGUAGGAGAGGUUAUUUUUUCAGCUUUAAAAGGAGUUCUGCAAAUCUUUAAUUAUGAUUGACUGGAUGAGAAGGUACGUUGAAGCAGUUUUUGUUACCAUAUCAUUUUUUAUCUGUAUUGUCAACUGUCAUAACAGCAUCAGCUGAUGAACUAGUUACAGUUAGAAAAUAGAAAUCGUACUAAACAGUGUUAUUUGAUUUUUUUGUACUUACUCUUUAAUUGUAUGGCUGGACUUAUAAUUUUCUGAUUAUCUUAACUAAAUUUAGGCAGGCGUUGUGACAAAAUUACAGUUUUAAGAACAGCCUAACUAGUUGGUUAGAUCUUAAUGUUGAUGAAACAUAAUAAUUUUCUGUAGUUAGUGGACCACAUUACUUUGUUUACAAAUUAUAUUGGAAAAGCUUUAGAAAUCAGUCGCACGAAUUGGGGGAAUGCGGGGAAGGGGAGGGGGCUGUAGUUAUCAUCCCCAACCAAUUUCACGUACCAGAAACAGUUAUUUUAAUAAAAAACAUAUUACCUAACAUUGACCGGGCCCAUCGUACUCAAAGUCAUCCACAUAAGCCGGUUGUUUACCAAGUUUCAAAAGAAUGUAAAUAAAAUAAUGCUUAUUCACGUAAAAUAAAAAAAAAUGUAAAAAGUAACGGAUUUUUAACUGAUAAUCUGAACUGUAACACUGUUCACACACUGUUCCGGCAAAAUGUACAUUCCAAAUGGCGGUAUUCUAUAACUUUAACAUUAAAAAAAUCAGGAAAAAAUAGAUAUAUAAAAAAAAACAAUUAUUUAUUUUCAUCGAUUUUUCAUACAUUAAAAACCAAUUUUUUAU